UUUUUUAAAUUUAUAUAGUAGAAUUAUGUUCACACUCUUUGCACACAUCACUCACUUUACCUUCAUUGGAGUUUUGGUAGCGUUUCAAGAGAGUUUCUUAUUUCUCAAGUCUCCAGAUUGUGUCUAUAUUAUUUAUUCCCAACAAUUUUGUAUUUUAGUAUUGUUACAAUCAUCAUAGUGCACACAUCAUCAUGUCUCGAUGAUAUUUAUUAUUUAAAAAAUUUCAAAAACAAAUUUAAUUUUUCUCAAUUAAGUGAGCAAAAAAGUGUUGUUAUUUUUUGUUUUAAACAAUUUUUUUUAAUUGUUAAAAUAUACAUGUAAUUUUUUAAAAAUAACAAUAAUUUGUUUAUUGGAUUAUUAAUAAACUAAUGUUAAUUUUUUUUUUUCAAUUUUUAAUUUAUUAAUUUGUGAUUAUUAUAAUCAUCGCGGCGGCCAAGGUGCGCCAGAUUGCCGCAGAUAAUUUAAAAUGAUGAAGAUUUUUUUAUUAUGCUGUUUUAUUGCAACAGUUACAUCAGAGCCGUACUACACGGUGAUUGCUCCAAAAGUGGUACGUCCUAAUUCAGAAUACCACGUAGCAGUAUCAACAUCUGGUGUAUCAACACCAAUGACAAUUGCUGUUGAGCUAAAUGGAGACCUAGAUAACGGUGAUACAUUUGGUGUUGCUCAUCAAGAUCCAGUGGAACCAUACACAACAAGAAUUUUUAAACUUGAUAUUGGUGACACAACACCUGGACGUUAUAAAUUAACAGCAAGAGGAUUAACUGGUUUUAUAUUUGUAAAUUCAACUGAUGUUGAUUAUGUACACAAAAGUUAUUCAGUAUUCAUUCAAACUGAUCGUGCAAUUUACAAACCUGGUCAUAAAGUAUUAUUUCGUUGUGUUGUACUUGAUUCACGUCUUAGACCGGUUCUCAACAAACAGCUAGAUGUCUAUGUCACUGAUGGUAAUGAAAAUAGAAUUAAACAAUGGAAUCGUGAACCAAUAAGUCGUGGUAUAUUUACUGGUGAAAUUGAAUUAUCAACAUCACCAGUACUUGGUGAUUGGAAUAUAAUUGCUAAAAUUGGUGAUCAAACAUUUGAAAAAGGUUUUCAAGUUGCUGAAUAUGUAUUACCAAAAUUUGAAGUUACAAUUGAUGCACCAGAACAUUCAACAUUUAAAGAAGGAAAAAUACCAAUAACUGUUCAUGCAAAGUAUACUUAUGGAAAACCAUUAAAAGGUGAAGCAACAAUAAUGGCAUAUCCAGAUAUAUUUUCAGGUGUAUUACAGCCAAUAUAUCAAGCACCAAGUAGAAAAGUCAUACAAAUUGAUGGUAAAGUUACAGUUGACUUUGAUAUUAUGAGUGAAUUAAAUUUAUCUGAUGAAUAUGAAAGACCAAUUACAAUUGAUGUUGCUGUUGAAGAAGCAUUAACUGGACGUAGACAAAAUGUAUCAAAACAAAUUACACUUCAUAAAUAUAAAUAUACAAUGGAGUUGAUAAAAACAUCUGAAUAUUAUAAACCAGGAUUAAAAUACACAGCAUUUAUCAAACUUGCACAUCAUGAUGGAUCACCAGUAAGAGAUGUAACAAAUCCAGUUAUUAUAUCAUACGGCUACACAUUCAAUCAAUCACAUUACACAAAUAUAUCAAGAAUGCUAGAUGACAAUGGAAUGAUUGAAUUAGAUUUUUAUCCACCUCUUGAAUCUGAUAAUGAUGCUUUACCUCUUAAUAUUGAGGCUGAGUAUUUAAAUUUACAUGAAUGGUUUCCAUCAACAAAUCAAGCAAUGUCAAGAAGUAAUAAUUACAUUCAAGCUGUUCUUAAAACAAUAAAUCCAAAAGUAAAUCAUGAUAUUCUUAUUGAGGUAAAUUCAACAUCACCAUUAAAAUACUUGAGCUAUGAAGUUUUAGGAAGAGGUGAUAUACUGACUGCUGGAUCAAUAUAUAUUGAUGAUAAAAAUAUUGCAUCAUUUAGAUUUUUAGCAACUUAUGUGAUGGCACCAACAGCUCAUGUGCUUGUUUAUUAUACAAGAGAAGAUGGUGAAAUUAUUGCUGAUUCUUUGGAUGUUGAACUUGAUGGAACAUUCCAAAAUUUUGUUGAUAUUAAAGUUGGACGUGAUGAAGUUGGUCCAGGUGAAACAGUUGAUUUAACAAUAACAUCAAAACCAAAUUCGUAUGUUGGAAUUUUAGGAGUUGAUCAACGAUCAUUGUUAUUAAAAUCAGGCAAUGACAUAUCACAUGCACAAGUUAUGAAAGAAUUACGAUCAUAUGAUAAAGUUGAAGAAUCACCAUACACUGACAUGUUAAUUGACAGAUCAUUCUGGCGACCUGGAUCAGCAACAGCACAAGAUGUUUUUAUGAAAAGUGGAACAGUUGUUCUUACAAAUGCCUAUGUUCAUGAAAAUUUUCCAAUUCGACAACCAGGAUAUCGUGAGGGUAGAGUACGAGGAAAUUUCCAUGAUUUAUCAACUUUAAAACCAGAUAUUGGUCCUCCAGUUAGAUACAGAUUUGCAACAAGACCUCCAUUGGCUGGUCCUUAUGCAUUUUCACGCAUCCCAACUCCCGUAUGGAAUAGGCCCCGUGUUUUUCUUAUGCAUGACAUCUCGAACACUUGGCUUUUCACAGACUUCUCCUCAGGUGUUAAGGGAGAAACAAUGCUGAAAAGAACUGUACCUGAUAGUAUAACAUCCUGGAUAUUGAGUGCAUUUUCAGUUGAUAGUACUUAUGGUCUUGGAUUGAUGGAUUCAUCAAGAAAGCUAAGAGUAUUUAAGCCAUUUUUUAUAUCAGUUGAUUUACCAUACUCUGUUAUGAGAGGUGAAAUUGUUGCAAUACCAAUUGUUGUAUUUAAUUAUAUGAGUCGUGAUACAACUGCUGAAGUUACACUUGAACAUGCUGGACAAUUUGAAUUUGCUGAAGUAUCAAAUGAAGUUAAUGAUACACCAAAGUUGGAACUUUUUAGAAAAAAAACUGUUCAAGUCAAGGCUAAUUCUGGUUCAACUGUUUCAUUUAUGAUAAUACCAAGAGAACUUGGAUAUAUAUCAAUAAAAGUAACAGCAGCUAGUAAAGUUGCUGGUGACAGUGUUGAGCAUAAAUUACUUGUAAAGGCUGAAGGAGAAACUCAGUAUCGUAAUAGAGCUGUAUUUUUAGAUCUAAGAAAUACACGUACAAUUAAAACAAACAUAAGUGUUGAUAUACCAAAAAAUAUUGUACCUGGUUCUGAACACGUUGAAAUAUCAGCAGUUGGUGAUAUACUUGGUCCAAGUAUUCCAAAUCUUGAUAAUUUAAUAAAGCUACCAUAUGGUUGUGGUGAACAAAAUAUGUUAAAUUUAGUACCAAAUAUUGUUGUAUUAAAUUAUUUAAAAAAUACAAAUCAAUUGACACAAGCAAUACAAGGAAAAGCAAUGAGAUAUCUUGAAAUUGGUUAUCAACAAGAGCUAACAUAUCGUCAUAAAGAUGGUUCAUUUAGUGCAUUUGGAAUGUCUGAUAAUAGUGGAUCAACAUGGUUAACAGCAUUUGUUGCUAAAUCAUUUAAACAAGCAUCACAAUAUAUUAUUGUUGAGGAUAGAAUAAUAAAUGAUGCAUUACUAUGGCUAACAAAUGUACAAGCACCAAAUGGAAGUUUUCCAGAAGUUGGACAAGUUAGCCAUAAAGAUAUGCAAGGUGGUGCUGCUAAAGGACUUGCAUUAACUGCUUAUACACUAACAGCAUUUCUUGAAAAUCCAGAAGCUGCUGGAAGAUAUAGAAAUUCAGUUAAUCGUGGAGUUGAUUAUAUUGCAGCAAAUAUUGAAGAGCUAGAUGAUAUUUAUGCAUUGAGUUUAUGUACAUAUGUAUUAAAUUUAGCAAAACAUAUUAAUGAAGAUGUUGCAUUUAAUUUACUUGAAUCAAAAUCAAUGACAAAAGAUGAUAUGAAAUGGUGGAGUAAACCAGUAUCAAAAGAUGAUAAAAAUCCAUGGUUUGGAACAUUAACAAGAUCAGCUGAUGUUGAAAUGACAUCAUAUGCAUUAUUGACAUAUUUAAAUAGAAAUCUUAUAUCUGAUUCAAUACCAGUUAUGAAGUGGUUAGUUAAACAAAGAAAUCCAGAAGGUGGUUUUUCAUCAACACAAGAUACUGUUGUAGGAAUUUAUGCUUUAUCAAAACUUGGUGAAAAAUUAUUAACUAGAAAUAAUAAUAUUGCAAUUACAAUUAAUUAUGAAGGAGGUGGACAAAGUCAAAUGAAUAUUAAUCCAGCAAAUGCAAUGAUACUUCAAAAACAUGUGCUACCAAGAAAAACAAGAAUUGUCAACAUCACAGCAACUGGUAGUGGUUUUUCAAUAAUUCAAGUGUCAUCAUAUUAUAAUUUAAAUGUUACUGGAGCAUGGCCAUUGUUUACACUUGAUCCACAAGUUGAUCAUAAAUCAAAUGAAAAUCAUUUAUCAUUAUCAGUAUGUUCUGGUUUUGUUAAAACAAAAGAAUCAAAUGAAAGUAAUAUGGCUGUUAUGGAAAUAAGUUUACCAUCUGGUUUUACAAUUGAUUUAGAUGCAUUACCUAGUCUUGAAAAUUCACAGCAUGUUAAAAGAGUUGAGACUAAAAAUGGUGACACAAUGGUUGUUUUGUAUUUUGACAAAAUGGUAACAGCUGAAUAUUGUCCAACACUUUCAGCAUUUAGAACUCACAAAGUUGCUAAACAAAAACCAGUGCCUGUUACAAUUUACGAUUAUUAUGAUUCUUCAAGAAGAGCUCAAGUUUUUUAUGAACCAAAUGUUAAAACAAAUCUUUGUGACAUUUGCAAUGGUGAAGAUUGUGGUGAUAUUUGUGUUGGUGAACAAGGAAAACAAAAUAACAACAAAAAUCAAAGUUCAUCUCUCACCUUCAGUCUCUAUGGUAUCAUCAGUUUUACAAUCAUCUUGAACUUUCUUCAAAAAUAUAUUUAAACUUGAAAUUAAGGAAAAAAAAAAAAACAAAAAAUUCCAAUAAAUUAAAUGAUAUUUUAAAAUGAUUAAUAUGAAAAAAAAAGGAACAAAAAAAAAUGAUAAUCAAAGUGAUAUAGAGUAUUUUUGAGAAAAAAAAAAAUGAAGAAAAUUCAUAGUUUUAUUAAAAUUAAAAUUUGAUACUUAAUAGAUUUUAAUAAUAAAUAAUCUUUUAUAAUAUUUUAAUGUAAAUUUAAUUAAAUCUUAAAAAAUAUU